AACUGAUAGUCUUGUGACUCCUAAAUGACAUGUUGAUGUAGAGUUGUAAAUCACUAAAUACAGCUUCCUCUUAGCUUUCUUCGUGGACUUUAAGCUAGGUCUUGAAGAUAGAGGCUGAACUUUGACUCAGGAGUCAUCGUAUAUAAAAUAGAGGAGAAGGUAAAAGAGGUUGUUUUACCUACCGGAGAGAGGAAGAGAGGACGAGGCCAUGGCCAUGUGGAGGACAGUGGGAGCUCUACUGCUAAUACUACAAACUGUGUCUGGCCAGAGCAACAUCAGAUGGUGCACCAUCUCAGACGCAGAGCAGAGGAAAUGUCAGGCCAUGUCGCAGUCUUUCGCCGCCAUCUCCAUCCGUCCGACCCUAGACUGCGUCAAAGGACUGACGGUUGAGGGCUGCGUUCAGAAACUACAGAAAAAAGAAGCAGAUGCCUUGUCCAUGUUCGCAUCUGACAUCUACAAUCUGGGGAAGACCGCGUCCUUCAAGAUAGCUGCCGCUGAAUCAAAAGCUGAUCGUACUGGUGCCUCCUACUAUGCAGUUGCUGUGGUGAGGAAAGCAAAUUCUGGCAUCAACAUCUACAACCUGAAAGGAAAAAAAAGCUGCCACACCGGGAAAGGCCGCACAGCCGGCUGGAAAAUGCCUUUAGGAUAUUUCAUCGACCAGGGCUACAUGUCUGUGAUGGGCUGCAACAUCCCACAGGGUGUGGCACAUUUCUUCAUUGCCAGCUGUGUCCCUGGAGCAAACCAGCUCGGUGACCCUGCGUCUCUGUGUCAGCUGUGCGUAGGAGACAGUGCUGGACAGCACAAAUGUGAGAUGAGUGACAAAGAGAGAUACUACAGCUAUGAAGGAGCUUUCAGGUGUAUGGCUGAAGGUGCAGGAGAGGUGGCCUUCAUCAAACACACAACUGUCCAGGAAAACACUGAUGGUCGUGGCCCAGCCUGGGCACAAACACUGGUGUCAUCAGACUAUGAGCUGUUGUGUCGUGAUGGCACCAGAGCUCCUGUCUCUGAUUGGGAAAGGUGCCAUCUGGUCCGCAUCCCGUUCCGUGGGAUUGUGGUCGGCAAUCACGUCACUCCCUCUGUGGUGUUCAACAUGCUGACAGAGGGCCUGGAGAAGUCGGGCUUCAGCAUGUUUUCAUCUACUGAUUAUGGAGGAGGAACUGUGCUCUUCUCGGACUUAUCCAUCAUGUUCCAGGGGGCCGAGUCAGAUGACCCCAAGAAGUGGAUGGGUCGUUUCUAUUACAAUGCUCUGAGAGCCAUGGACUGUAAACCUGAAGAUUCGCUGCGGUGGUGUGUGUUGUCCAGCGGUGAGCAGAAGAAGUGUGCUGAAAUGAGUGUGGCCUUCCAAAGUAAAGGUCUGACUCCAUCUAUUAAGUGUAUCUACGGAGAGACCGUGACUGACUGCAUGAAGAAAAUAAAGAACAACGAGGCUGAUGCCAUCACUCUGGACGGAGGUUACAUCUACACAGCAGGCAAAGACUACGGCUUGGUCCCUGCCACUGCCGAGAGCUACACAGACGACCGCGAUGGUUCCAUGUACUAUGCAGUCGCAGUGGUGAAAAAGAGUAGCGUUGACAUUCGUAACCUUGACAACCUGCGUGGCCGUCGCUCCUGUCACACCGGAUACGGUCGCACGGCUGGCUGGAACGUUCCCAUAGCAACGCUGAUGGAGAGAGGCCUGAUCACACCCCAGCAUUGUCAGAUACCCCAAGCGGUCGGAGGGUUCUUCAAGCAGAGCUGCGUACCGGGUGCCAACCAACCCGGUUUCCCCAGCAACCUGUGUGGUCUGUGUGUGGGCGACAGCUCAGGACAGAACAAAUGUGAGAAGGGAAAAGACCUGUAUGAUGGAUACGAUGGUGCCUUCAGGUGUCUGGCGAAGGGAGAGGGAGAUGUGGCUUUCGUGAAGCAUUCUACUGUCUUCCAAAACACUGAUGGUAACUCUGGGGAAUCUUGGGCAGUAGAUCUCCUGUCUACAGACUUCCAGCUGCUCUGUUCUCAGGACACUAAAGCCGAGGUCUCACAGUACAGACACUGUCACCUGGCCAGAGUCCCCUCCCACGCUGUAAUGGUUCGGCCCAGCACCAACAUCCAUGCCGUCUAUGGACUCCUGGACCGCGCACAGGAAUUUUUCGGCAGUGACACAGGUACUGGUUUCAGGAUGUUUGACUCACAGGCCUAUGAGGGCACAGAUCUCAUCUUCAAAGACUCCACUGUUCGCCUGGUGGGUGUCGGUGACAGAAAGACCUACCAGGAGUGGCUGGGCCAGGGCUACAUGGACUCACUGGUCAACAUGGAGUGUAACUCAUCAACUGCUGUGAUGUCCUCCUCAUGGCUGCUGCUGCUGGCCCUGUUCAGCCUCAUGCUGACCAACCUGUGGAUGUAAUGUGACACAGGCAUCCAGCCUCUUCUCCUACUCACUUUCCCCCCUACGUCCUCUAUUGCUCACUGCUUACCUCUGUACUCUUCCUGUUUCCACUCCUGCGUCUUCCCUCUCUUCAUGUCUGGCUCAUUUUCUGUCUUUUUUUCUCCAAUUCUCACACAGAAAUCUUUAGAUUUGAAACCUUCACCCAUCUUAGCCUUACUCAAGUCCAGUUUAGCCCUGCUGUCCAGACACCUUUUUAUACCUGAAUCUGUGUUUUUCUCCUAAAAUUGCAUCAUUUUUUACCUGAUUGUGUGUUAUUUUAAUACAUGAGAGAACGGCAUGUUGGAGCUGCCUUUGGAUUUAAAUAGUGCCAGUGUUGAAUUGAAGCACAUUGUCUCCUUUUUUUAUGGCAGAUAAGAGAGUUAAGUUGCCAAAGGACCUUUAGCCCGUGAGAAUCAGACAUAGUGAGAGAAGGUGUUGCUGCCACUUUGUUUACUGAGGGUGAGCUGCCAUAUCAGUGUGUAUGCUGCCACCUGUUACAUUGAUCUAAUGGGUUGUGUAUGCCUGUCUCUCUCUCUCUAAAGUUAGUUUUACAAAGAACAGAUAAUCUGAUUUUUGACCUCACAUGAGCUGCAGAUAAUCUUUUAAUUUCUGAUUUACCACAGAGUCUUUAGACUUAGAUCACUUUACCUUUACUACCUACUUUGGGUGAGUAAGAGAUCAGUGACCAGGCCCUCUUGUCUAUUAGAUAAGGAUUUUUAAUUUGGGUAAAUAUGCUUAUUAACUUUUUUGACAAGAUUAGACAAUCGAUAUGCCCCUCAGGAGCUGGGGCCCGAGGGUGAUUAGCUUAGCUUAGCCUAACCUUAAAGCCCCUACCCAGCUCAUCAUUUCUAAAAAAAAUAAUUUUUCAUGUGAAUAUAAAAAUCAGAUUGCUGUUCUUUCUCUGCUGCCUCUUGCUCUCUGUGCACUACUAUACAACACAACCCUCCCUUACUUUAGGCUGUGUUUCUACAAUAAGCUAAUGCCAUAUCAGUGAAUAUGCACUAGUGUUACCUCCACACAGAGCUGUGCUGGGGAUAGUGUGAUGAUGAGUGACUGAAUGUUUGUCCAUAGGUCUGUCUGCUUCAUGUGUUCUCCUCCAAACCAAAAAAUCAAGAAGAUAAAUAAUUUAGUUAAUCUGCAUUAACUCUUUUUAUUCUCGAUUAUUGAUGGGAACUGCUCUGGUAACAGACAGUCAGCUUACGUUCCACCUGCAGCUAUUUUUCACUCCUUUUUUUAUCUACGCAUUUGGACACAAAUGGAGAGGGUAACUCUGACAUAUUGGUCAGGUUCCAUCAGAUUUGGGGAGAACAUAAAGAAAACAGCCUCCGGUUUGUGCUGGGGAGUGAAUGAAUAUUUGUUUGUCUGGAUGGUUUGAGUCAAGGAUGGUGUUUACCUUGCAUUUUGUUGGAUUUGGAGUAAGAAAAUUAACUCCAUUUCAAUUUUAGAAGAGAUUUGGUGUAGUAUCUUUUGUCAUGCAAGGAUGUCAAGGGAAUAUAAUAAGGUUAAAGGAAAUUAAUUGUUUAUAGUUAACUAUUCUGCAUCAAAUACUUUGCUCUCAUUGCCUCUAACUCACUGGUUCUCAACUAUUUUGUGUUAAGGAACCGUACGGUGAUACACAUUAGGUCGCAGCCCCCCACAUGAUAAGAUUUCACUUCAGGGACCUAUAUCUGAAAAUAUUUUGCUUGUUAGACAUGAUUAAGCCCAGAAUUCUACAGUUCGACCACAGUUGAGGAGAUAAUCGUGAAUGAAGUGAAACUUAUGAUCAGAAUAGUCACUCUUAGGACUCUUACUCACACUGGGCUCACUUCUUCACUUCUGGGGAACCCCCUGGGACUCCCUCAAAGACCCCUGGGAUCUCCAGACUCCUGGUUGAGAACCACUGCUCUGACCCAAACAACUCACUCCACAAAUGUCUCUUUCUGACUCAAACCUGCCUGUUCUGGUCAUAUCUACUGUACUUCCUGCUGCCUGAUGCUGCUUCCUGCUUUAAAAUGUUGAUUGGAUGUGUAUUUUCCUACAUUGAGAGAUUUAUUUUUAUAUGAAGCUCAGAUGCCAUAUCAGUGUAUAUGUACUGACUCAUGCUGUCAGAAAUUAAUGCCUUCUCUUCCUCCGAUAGAGAUUUAUUUCUAUGUGAAAUGAUGUCCCAUGUAACUAAUAUUUAGUUGCCAGGCCAGUGAGUCUGCACAAGUAUUGCUACAUAAAGCUGCUGACUUGAGCUGUUUUCUGUGCUUGUUCAAAUAAAAUAAAGCUAUAUAAAAUGCA